UUUUAUAUUGUAAUAAUUUAAACGAUAUAAAAAUAAAUAAACAAUCAUAAUGAAGAUAAUCAUUAACGUAAUUGCUUAUAUCAUUAUUCACAAUUUGUCGAUUGUUUUAACACAAGAUUAUUUAGUUAACUCAUCUGAUGAUUUUUAUUCAUAUAAACCUCGAAUAGGUCGAUACAAAGCAGCAGUAAAACCUUCAGGAGAAAAUGUAACUCUGCCUAAAUCAUUUCCAAAAUCAAAAAAUUCAUUUAAAAAUAUUAUCCCACGUACACAUAAAAGAGGAAAAAUAGUGGAAUGUCGAGGAAUGACAAAAAAGCUGCAUAAAAUGGGAAAAGAAGUAAUAUGCAAACCGAGAAAAACUUUAGUCAAAUUAAAUCCAGACCCAGGAUACAUUUAUAUUCCUGAUGUAAUCUUGAUAGAUAGAUGUGAUGGUCGUUGUGGACAUGAUAGCCAGUCUUGUAUGCCUAUUGAAUCGACAUCUAGCAAAGUCUUGGUUCAAAGAAUGCAAAUUGGUUCUUUCGAUUCUCCUUGUUACGAGCUUGAUGUUGAAAAACAUACAAGAUGCAAAUGUGGUUGUGAUUUAACGCCAGAUGAUUGUAAUUCUCGUCAAAGAUUUAACGAUGAUGAAUGUGUAUGUGAAUGCAACAAUCUUUAUGAACAAUUGGACUGUACCUCGAAAGAUGGUAUGUACUGGAAUCGAGAAACUUGUCGAUGUUCUUGCUCAAUAGAAGAAGAAACUUGUUCAGAUGGAUUGAUGUGGAUUCCUUCACUCUGCAGAUGUGCUCAAGUCAUGGUAGAUGGCUAAAUUGAUUCAAGUAUUGCAAUAUGAUUUAUUAAUUACCAUAACAAUGUUUUAUAAGUUCAUGAAUCUAUUACUGGAUAAUCUCCAAAAUUAUUCCAAGUGUGAUCCCAUAGCAUUGGAUUAGCUCGAGGAUCUGAUUUAACUUUACGUGGAGGAACUGCUGUUUCAUUCCAUCUUCUUAAUUCUUUUUUUAAUUUCUCUAACAUUUCACUAUGUCUGAAAAAAAUAAUAAUAAAUCAUACAAACAAUUAAUGUAUUAAUUCAAUUAAUUAAAUUGUAUUAAAUAAAAUAUAAGUGUAUUUGAAAACGAACAACUUACUCUACUG